UAUCUCCCAGUGAUGUGUGUGACACGUUUUAUUUUGAACUAGCAGACAACCGAGGCAUACACACAGUUUCGCGCUUAUUAAAACGUACGCUCGUCCAAGCUAUUCUGAGCACCAACUUAUCUCCCACAGUGACUCUGUGUGCACGCCCAUACCCAUCGAAAUACGUACGUGACACCGUAGUAAACCCAAAACCAAAUGUCGCCCCCAGCCCAAGCACCUACCAACAACCUCACCGGCGCCGGCGCCGGCACGGAUGAGCCGUUCCGCGUGUUCGUGGGGUACGACUCCCGCGAGGACAUCGCGUACCGCGUGUGCCGCCGCUCGCUGCUACGCCGCUCCUCCAUCCCUCUCGAGAUCAUCCCAAUCGUCCAAGACGAGCUCCGGUCAGCGGGGCUGUACUGGCGGGAGCGAGGACCCACGGAGAGCACGGAGUUCUCCUUCACCCGCUUCCUGACGCCGCACCUCGCCGGCUACCGCGGCUGGGCGCUCUUCAUCGACUGCGACUUCCUCUUCGUCGCCGACGUGGCCGAACUCGCCCGCAUGUGCGCGGCGGCCAACCCUCGCCACGCCGUGCUGUGCGUGCACCACGACUACGCGCCCAAGGAGGCGACCAAGAUGGACGGCGCCGUGCAGACGCUGUACCCGCGCAAGAACUGGUCCUCCAUGGUGCUCUUCAACUGCGGGCACCCCAAGAACCGCGCCGCGCUCACCCCGGACGAGGUUAGCACCCGGUCCGGCGCGCACCUCCACCGCUUCGCCUGGCUCGAUGACGAUGAGGUCGGCGAGGUGCCGUUCGUGUGGAACUUUCUCGUGGGCCAUAAUCGGGUUGACCCGGACGAUGUGGCCGGGACGACGCCGCGCGCCAUACACUAUACUUCCGGUGGGCCGUGGUUCGAGCGGUACAAGGACUGCGAGUUCGCUGACCUUUGGAUCCAGGAGCGGGAUGCGUAUGAGUCCGAAGAGAAGCAAGCCGAGGAGGUUAAUAAGCCCAUGGCGGCAGCACCGGUGCCGUCGCCUGCCGUUUCCGUGGACGCGUGAAUGGAUAAUGAUGCCUUCGCCGGCCGGCCGGCCGCCGGACCCUGAACUUCAUGUCUUGUUCGUCCUCCCUUCGUUUUCUUGUAGCUCUGGCCUGUGGGAUCAUCUCCUAGCGUACGUGUUGUUGUUUCCAGUUGAUGUGUGUUGGUAGGUAACAAGUCAUAGUCUGACGUAUUGUGGUGUAAUAAGGCCCUUGAGGACGGUCCUCCAUGAGGCCGAAGUGAAGAAUAAUCCAUGCUGUAUCUUUUACUUGAA